CCAAUCGGCAUAAAGCUUGUUGAUCCGCGGCGGCAACCGACGUACACAAGGGGCUUAAGAGUCCUGAGAGAGCGGGGUCAGGCCAUGAACUUGGGAGAUGGUUUAAAGCUAGAAACUGAAUUAUUAGAUGGAAAAACCAAGCUAAUAUUGUCUCCAUAUGAAUGUAAAUCAAAAAUUUCUGUGAAGAUGGGAAAUAAGACCAAGACUGGAAAACGUCCUUUUAGAGCAAAGCAAACUGGAUACAUUCUAAAAUCAACACAAAAUACUUGUAUCAGGAAUGAGAAACUUUUGCAAAAGAAGAGGAUUGGUUCAGAAACUUCACUGAUAAAGGGUGAAAAAAAUAGUAUGGCUUUUUCACUCACUAAGGAUUUAUGCAAGGAGUAUGCUGAUAAAGACUGUCUUCAUAUCCAGAAAGAGAUUUCUCCUGCAACCUCUAAUAUACAGAAGACUAGAAACACCAUAAAUACGUCUCUAGUAACUAAACAGAAGCCUUGCAAAAAAUACAUCACAGGUGAAAAUAUGAAGAGUAGUUUUGUGUGUCUAACACAAGACCAACUACAACAGAUUUUGAUGACUGUAAACCAAGGAAAUAGAUCUAUUUUGCUGACUGAGAAUAGAAAGGAGGAGGAAACAAGUCAGUACAAUCUACAUUUAAACAGUAUUCCUAAUCAGCCAAAGGAUGAGAACAUUAUGGGACUACUACAAAAAACUGAGGCUAUUUCACAUGUCCAGGAUGAAAAUAAAUCUGUUUUAAAUAAAAAUCAGGAGACACCUAAGCAGCCUGAGCAGAAAAUUCCCAUUGAGAGAGUAUGGAAACCAGCUGACAUAUUCAGUACCCUGGGGGAAAGAGAACGUGAUAGAAGUUUGUUGGAAGCAAAAAAAGCCCAGUGGAGGAAAGAGCUUGAUGAACAGGUUGCUUUAAAGAAGAAAGAAAAAGAAGCUCCUGAAAAAUGGAAUAAUCCUUGGAAAAAAUCUGAAAGUGAUAAAAUAGUAUGGGAAAAUCUUCAAAUUCUUGACCAGUCUAAGACUUUUCCUAGUGUUUCCAGCAUUCUGUCACAGUCUUCCAGUCAGGUAGCAGUAGUCCAAGCUGAUGGUCACUCAUUAUCUAGAGCUGGUCAGAUUUUAGAGGAUGAGGAACAUGACAGAUGGGCAAUACAUUUUGAUUCAUUGAAGAGUUAUCCUGGUUCUCAGUCCCAACUGUCCUCUCGGUCAUCACACAAACAACCAGAGUACUUCUGUGUCUCUCCGGACACUCAGGAGCUGGCUGAUAUCAGCAGUGUUUAUACACCUACAACUGGAAGCCAGAUUGAACCUUCAGAAGAGGAACAUAUAGCAAAACCUGUUAGAGGUGUGGUGAUUGCAAACAGUCAAAAAACAAACUUCCUUCGUUCGAUGACUGCCCUCUUGGACCCAGCUCAGAUUGAGGAACGAGAUAGGCGGCGACAAAAGCAGUUAGAACAUCAGAAAGCCAUCACUGCUCAGGUAGAAGAGAAGCGUAGGAAGAAGCAGUUGCAAGAAGAGCAGAGAAAGAAGGAAGAACAAGAAGAGGAGCUUCGUUUAGCACGGGAACGAGAAGAGAUGCAGAAGCAGUAUGAAGAAGACAUACUUAAGCAAAAACAAAAGGAAGAAAUUAUAACUCUCAAGACAAAUGAACUGUUCCAGACGAUGCAGAGAGCACAGGAGCUGGCACAGAGACUGAAACAAGAACAAAGAAUUCGAGAAUUGGCUCAAAAGGGACAUGACACUUCUAGAUUGAUGAAAAAUCUUGGUGUUGAUUCAGUACAAGUGGAAUUUAAUGAAUCUACUAACAACAUUUCAAAUUCAAGACAUAGCUUGGAUGAAGUCAGUGGUAAAAUGAAUACAUGUAUUAGUUCUGUGAACUCUUCUAAGAAGGAUACUGGUGUGCAAACAGAUGACUUAAAUAUUGAAAUAUUCACCAGUGCAGAAUCACACUGUGGAUCAGUAACAGAGAGGGAAAUUAUAAAUUGUUCCUCUCCCGAGAUACCUGCAGAAUUUAAUGAACAGUUUAACACCAAGAAAAACAAACAAGAACUAAGAAGUCAGGAUAAAGGAUUGAACUUAGAAAAAGAAAAUAGUUGGUAUAAUGACCAUUGCAAUCAGUUCACAAGUGCAGAGAAACAAACAAAACAUAGGAAGAAGUGUCCUAAAAGGCCUGAUUGGAAUAUAAAUAAGCCACUCAAAGGGUAUAUUCCAGCAUCAGAAAAGUACCCUAAGCAGCUUCAAAAGCAGAGAGAAGAAAAAAAGGUAAGAAGGCAAAUGGAACUGCUUCAUUUGGUAGAAAGAAAUAAUCCUGGAAACCUCUCUCAAAAUAGAAGCACUUCACCAGUUCAUUCAUCUCAUCAGGAAACUGAGUCAAAGUUCAGGUGGCAUCUAGUCAAAAAGGAAGAAGAAUGUCUGAAAAUUAAUUCUUUCAACAAAGAAAGGUCUCAAUCACCACCAGUUUCUAUGGUGAAAAACAGAACACAACAAACUCAGACAUUAAAAAAUAAUUAUGAAAGAGAGAACCUGAUCUCAGGAGGCAAUCAAACAGAAUUAUCACCUAGAAUUUCUGAACCAUCUCAUUUUAUUCCCUAUGUUCGAACCAAUGAGAUCUAUUACCUUGAUCCAGAUGCACCAUUGUCUAGGCCUCUAACUCAGGAUCCUCAGUACCAAAAUCCACUAAACUUUGACCAAGAACAAAGACAGCUAUUUGACUCUGAUUAUGUCAGGGAUCCACUUCUUAAUCCUAACCUGGUGAAAAACAGGGAUAGACAGCAAGCAAUCCUAAAGGGACUGUCAGAACUGAGACAGGGCCUUCUCCAGAAGCAAAGGGAGUUGGAAACUAAUCUCAUGCCUUUAGCUGCCAAUCAAGAAGAAUUUUAGUUCUUCGUUUUAAAUGUAGAAAAAUCAAAUCCUUCACAUUUGAUUUGUCUUCCAAAUUAUAAAAUGUCCUUGUCACUUAACUAUUUUUACAAAUAGUCUAGGUUGACUUUUUAGAUGCUUAUUUAAAAAUUGUAUAUUAUGUAAUAAAAUGCUGUAUAUGUGUAUAUAUAUAUAAUUUUUCAACAAUAAAACAGACACCUUUGUAAAAGUUUAGUAGUAAUAAGAAGCAUGUUUCUGCUCUUUCACCAUCUGGGUAUUUAAGUCCUAUAAAAACAUUUUCCUACUUACCUUAAACACAGUCUGGAGUUUCUGAUCUGUUAGUAAUGUUCUUCCACACAUUUUAUGUAUACCUUAUUAACUGAAAUACCACUUAUGUAUUUUAAUAUACAAAAAGAUUUAAAAGGGUAGAAACUCUUCCAAGUUGUUUUGAGGUGUCAAAGGAAAGUCUGAUUUAAUACAUCCCAACUUUACUAAAAUAACUGAAAUUCAGUUUAGGCUCACAGGUAAUUUUCUUUUCUCCAAAUCCUAUUUUUACAACUUUUUGAAUUAGUAAUGGAGAGGCAGUUAUUGGCAAUAGAUGAGGGUUUAAAAUUUACCUCCACCACAUAUUUUAUCUGAAUUUAAAGUUUUUAGUCUAGCAUUUAAGUACUUACCACCUCAAAAAUAUACUUCUUUUCUAAGACUGCCAAUUUAAAAAUUUAUAAGCAAACUGUUUGUUCCAAAUUGUCCAAUGCCUUUAAUAAAUUUAUAUUUUGAAAUAUGAAAUUGAAUUUGGGUAAGUCAAGGGUCACACAAGCAUUGAAAAUUAUAAUUAUCAAGUGCCCUAAAAUAACAGGUUGACCAGAAUUUUAACAUGGCUAAGCCUGAAGAUAAAAAAAUAAUGCUGCCUGGAAUUAAGGCCUAAGUCCUAUGUACACAGUUUAUUUACUAAAAGAAACUGCACUGUUAGAUAAAUCUUGAGGUAUUGAGCCAAAAUCUUGUAUUUAUUAAUAUCACUGGCUUAUACCUAUGUAAAAACACUAUACAAAAAGCUUAAAUGAAAAUAAAUACAAUAGUUGAUAGGUCAUUUCAGCAAAAGUAGCUGGUAUCAUCUAACAUUAGAGAAGUAAAGCCAUUGCUGUCUACUAUCCUUUUGCAAACGUCUAGUUUUAUAUAUAAAACAGACUUCAAUUUGAAGCCAAAGUACAGGUGAUAUACAAAUGUAAAACUUAAAAAGUGCCAACAUUAGAUAAUUCAAGUACAAUAUAUGUUAAAAAUAUAUAUAUAUUUAUUUCAAUUUUCAUAUGCUUCAACUGUUACAGGCCAUCAUGAUUUAAAUAAGAGGGGAAAAAAUUUUUGAGAAAGGACAGAAACCUUUUGUUUCUAGAGAAUGAAAUAUAAAUUGUUAAUUCACUUUUAAGAAACAGAAAAAGUCCGUAACAACUUAUGUAAAAAAA